AGUUGCACAUGAGCGAGAUAUCAACACAACACAGGGGUCUCUCUUGUCUGUGCAUGUCUGUGGAGUGUGAUUUAGCUGUGUUAAAAACAUGACAGACUUUUUAAGAGAAAUAAAAAACAGCGUGGCAGAAAAGAAGAAGACGCCGAUCGCUCAGAGCGACUUACAGAGUUGGGGUCUGACAGGCAUAAAGCUGAGAGCCUACCAGCUGGAUGGGGUGCAGUGGUUAACGCAGUGUCUGAAGAACCAGCAUGGAUGCAUCUUAGGAGAUGAGAUGGGACUGGGGAAAACCUGUCAGACAAUCUCUCUGCUGGUAUACAUGUCUGGAGCACUUGGGAAGAAGGGUCCAUUUUUGGUGCUGUGCCCGCUCUCUGUCCUGGACAACUGGAGAAAGGAAUUAGAAAGCUUCGCUCCUUCACUGACUGUGCUGUGCUACAAAGGAGACAAAGACAGACGGGCUGAGAUUCAGAAGGAAACCAGCACACAGGACGUCCACGUUCUGCUCACUACAUAUGAGUUGUGUCUCAAAGAUGCCUCAUUCUUGAGUCGGUGGAAGUGGAAGGUGCUUGUGGUAGACGAAGCUCACAGACUGAAGAAUCAGAACUCACUGUUGCACAAAACCUUGACGAAGUUCUCAGUUGGUUUCAGAGUCCUGCUCACAGGGACUCCCAUUCAGAACAACUUGCAGGAGCUGUACUCCUUGCUGAACUUCAUUCAGCCCACCAUCUUCACGGCUGAUGAGACGGACCACUUUGUCAACACUUACUCCAGCGUACGAAGUCAAGCUGCUCUCACCACUGAGCUCCAGAGCAUCCUGGAGCCGUUCCUACUUCGUAGAGUUAAAUCAGAGGUCGCUGUGGAUCUGCCCAAGAAAACAGAGCUAGUGGUGUACCACGGCAUGUCAGCCCUGCAGAAGAAGUACUACAAAGCGGUUCUGACGAAGGAUUUGGAGGCUUUUGGAAAUGAGCAAGGCAACAAAAUCCGACUGCUGAACAUCCUGAUGAACCUGAGGAAGUGCGUCGACCACCCGUACCUGUUUAACGGGGUGGAACCAGAGCCUUUUGUGAUCGGGGAGCAUCUUGUUGAAGCCAGUGGGAAACUUUGCCUUCUAGACAGCUUGCUGACCUUCCUGCACAAAGGGGGCCACCGUGUCCUGCUGUUCUCCCAGAUGACGAGGAUGCUGGACAUUAUUCAGGACUACAUGGAGUACAGAGGCUACAGCUAUGAACGCUUGGACGGGUCCGUCCGAGGGGAGGAACGAAACCUGGCGGUGAAGAACUUCAGCAGCAAAGACAUCUUUGUGUUUCUCCUGAGCACUAAAGCAGGGGGUGUAGGCAUGAACCUGACGGCUGCUGACACCGUCAUAUUUGUGGAUAGUGACUUCAACCCUCAGAAUGAUCUGCAGGCCGCUGCACGCUGCCACCGGAUUGGUCAGAACAGGCCCGUGAAAGUGAUUCGUCUCCUGGCAAGAGACACCGUUGAGGAGAUAAUGUACUCUCGUGCUGUAUCCAAGCUGCAACUCACCAACACCGUUAUCGAAGAGGGACGCUUCUCGUUGCUGGAUCAAGCUCAGUCAGCUGCUGCAGGUCUACAGCUGGGCGAGAUCUUGAAGUUCGGGAUAGAUAAGCUUUUGUCGUCGGAUGAGAGCUCUAUACAGGAUGUAAAGCUGGAGAAGAUCCUUGGACAGUCGCGUGACGGUCGGUGGGUGGACGAAGAGGACGAGGCCCCACUCAGAGAAGAAGAGGAGGAGGAGGAGGAGGAGGAAGAAGAGGAGAGUGAAUCUGAUGGGCUGAACCACAUGUACUUCUUUGAGGGGAAAGACUACAGUAAAGACCCCAGCUCAGAAGACCAGAAGAGCUUUGAUCGUUUGUUGGAGGAGCAGCUGGCCGAAUUCCAGCGAGCUGCCGGAGAGGGACGAGCUCUGAGACACAAAGCUGGCGUUUCGCUGUCAGUGGCCCUCGAUAUUCCCUUGAGGAAGAGGAGACCUCUAACUGAGGAUGAACUGGAAGUGAGAAAGCAGAAGAGGGAAGAGGCUGCAGCCAAGAGAGCCAAAAUUCAAGAGGACAUGAAGAAGAAGCAGCAGGAGCAGAAAUACAAGAAAAAAAUGGCCUGGUGGGAGUCCAGCGGCUACAGGUCGCUGUGCCUGCAGCCUGCGGACAGCGACGAAGACGAGGAUGAUGGCAGCACAUGCUCCACAGAUUCUCACAGCACAGACAUCCACUAUGUUAUGGGGGACGUCACUCACCCACACACUGCUAAAGGAGAUGCUAUCAUCGUCCACUGUGUUGAUGACUCAGGCCGGUGGGGCAAGGGAGGCCUGUUUACAGCACUGGAGGUGAGAUCAAAUGAACCACGAAAACAGUAUGAGCUCGCUGGCAAGAUGAAAGACUUGGACCUCGGAAAUGUUCUGCUUUUCCCCAUUGACGACAAACAGUCCAGGCUGAACGGUCAAGACCAAUUGGCCCUUAUAGUGGCACAGCAGAGAGACAAAGCCAACAACUUGUCUGGGAUCUGUCUGACUGCUCUGGAUGAAGGUCUGAGGAAGAUUUACGGCGCAGCCAAAAGGAACAAGGCAAGUGUUCAUCUUCCCCGUAUCGGCCACUCCACCAAAGGUUUCAACUGGUAUGGCACAGAAAGGCUCAUCAGGAAACACCUCGCUUCCAGGGGUGUCCCCACAUUCAUAUAUUAUCAUAGCAGAGCUGUGAAGAACACAGUUGCACCUCAGACAUCUGCUUGUGCGACGUCGGCAGCCUCCACUAAAACUCAGUCGCCGACUGAUGAGGCCGAAGCAGAGAUCCCGGCCCCCUCUCACGGCCCCACAGAUCUCCCCAACUUCAUGAAGGGAGUCUGUGUGUUUUUCUACAACUUGCCUGCAACGGAGAGGAAGAGGCUGUCCCGUUAUCUUAUCACUUAUGACGGAGAUGAGGAGGAUAUCAUGAGCCCUGAGGUCACCCACAUAGUAGCAGAGGUGGAGAACAGCAUCCACUCGCAGGAGCUCCGGGAUCUGUUGUGUCAGUACACCCAGGCUGUCCCGGUGCAGAAGGCCUGGCUGGAGUCCUGCUUCUCCAAACAACAGAAAGUCAACACUACAGACUUCCUACACCUGCUCCGAUAACAACCGUCUUUUAUUGCCAUUAUUUUAUUGACUGCAUUGAAUGAAUUGUGUUGGCCGACUGACAGUGUGUUAAAUGUCAAAUUAUUCUAUAAAAAAAUUAUGAUUUAUUUGUGAGUGGAACUAGGAGGAAAUGAAAGAUGACUGGUUUGUACUGACAUGUUGGUGGUUGGUGUUGGCUGAUUUGCUACUCUAAAAACUAAUGGUAAUAAAUCUAGUGUAAUAAACCCA